AUGAAUAAGAUUUCUGCAAUAUGCAUGUCUCUUUUUGUAAUUGGUCUACUGACAACAAGAACACUAGUAAUAUGUGAUGAAGUGGAUUCAUUUGACAAACGAGCAAGCCUAGCAUAUUUCAAACGUAGCGGUGGAUUAACAGACUCAUCUUAUUCAUCACCAAUGUUUCCUUCAUCCUCAGCGUCAAAACGUGCAACCUUAUCCUAUUUUAAACGUGGCCACAAUGAAUAUUGGCCAACUAAUUCACAUAUUAGAACACUAGCAGAAAUCUGUCCAUGUCUGAAUAGCAAAUAUUUAAAUUGGUUAGAAAGUACACCAUCAAUGAAUAAUCAACCAAUUGCAUAUGAUUAUUCUAGUGAACCUGAAAAACGAGCCAGUUUAGCCUAUUUCAAACGAAAUACUAAUUCGCUGGACUAAAGAAGAAAAAGUCAUGAAAAAUCACAUAACAAAGAUAGAAAGUAAUAAUGACACCACGGAGCAAUCUCUUUACAAUAUGAACAGAUUUGUUUUCACUUAUCUCAUAUUAAUAAUCCAUUAAUGUGAUGAAAAAAACUGACAAACAAGUAUUUUUAAAUAUAAAUGAUGUUUUCAAGUAUU